UUCUUUUAAAGCCAACUUUUACAGUCAUUUUUCGUUUCUAUGGGGAACAUUGAUAACGUAACACCCAGUGUGAGUGUUUACAAUCACUGACUGAAGACUUUCUACGAUAAAUCAUGUUAAAUGGAGCUCCAGGAGAAAAUACCUGUGCCGGUCUUCGCAGCAGCAGACAGGGAGGUGUUUCUGAGGAACAUUUAUCCACAGCGUCGACCGGCUGUUCUCAGAGGCGUGUCUCUGGGUCCCUGCCUGGAGAAGUGGACAGUUGACUAUCUUGGAGAAAAAGGAGGAGACAGGGAGGUGAAGAUUCACGUGUCCACGGUGCCACAGAUGGAUUUCCUUCAUAAGAACUUUGCCUACAAGACUCUGCCAUUUAAUGAAUUUGUGAAAAGAGCAUCAGAGAAGAAACACUCUGACUUCUUCUUGUGUGAGGAUGAGAGCUACUACCUUCGGUCGCUGGGGGAGGACGUCCGAAAGGAACCGGCUGACCUCAGCAAACAGUUUCCGGGCUUGGUGGAGGACUUUCACAUGCCCGACUUCUUUGAACCUGAGCAGUUCUUCUCCAGCGUGUUCCGCAUCAGCUCCUGCGGUCUGCAGCUGUGGACACACUAUGAUGUGAUGGACAACCUGCUGGCUCAGGUGACUGGGACAAAGAGAGUGGUCCUCUACAGCCCCCAGGAUGCUUUGCACCUCUACCUGUCAGGCGAUAAGUCAGAGGUUUUGGACAUUGACGUCCCCGAUCUGAAGCGGUUUCCUGAGUUUGUGAAAGCAAAGAGAUACGAGUGCGUGCUGGAGCCCGGAGAUCUGCUUUUCAUCCCCGCUCUAUGGUUCCACAACACACUCGCUCUGGAGUUUGGAGUGGGCGUUAAUGUCUUCUGGCGCCAUCUACCUGCAGACAGCUACGACAAGAAGGACCCGUACGGUAACAAAGACCCUGUGGCUGCAACGCGAGCGCUUCAGGCCCUGGAGAGGGUGCUUCACACUCUGGAUGAACUGCCAGCAGAGUAUCGGGACUUCUACGGGCGGCGCAUGAUUCAGCGCAUUCAGAAGAGGACGUACUGCGAUAGGAAAAUAGACGCGGAGCAGAACUCUGAGACUACAUUACCCAGCAGUCCAUUUACUAAACCUGGAUGAGUUCUGAGGCAUGUGAAGUAUCCAGUAAAGCAGCACUGCUUUGCUCAGCAUGGAGGUUGACUGUUGAUAGUUUGACUGUGUGUUGUGUAAAAAAAUUGAAAUUGGAGCUGAAAAAUCAGACCUUCCACAGAGGAAACAUGGAUGCAGCUCACCUGUUUUUUUUCCUUUAAUAAAGCUUAAAGACUGAAUGGAAAGGGGUGUGGCCACUUCUGAAUGGCGAUUGACAGCUUGACCAUGUUUGUGGUGAUACAUGAAGAGAGAUAAAAUACUGUGCAAAAGUCUUGA